GUGUUCAACGAGUUGCCUCUUUGUGCUGUAGUGAGCAGUCGACUUCUGUGUAUGCAUGGUGGUAUUUCACCACAAAUUCAAUCAUGGGAUGCACUUGUAAACUUGCAAACGCGAGCCACUUCCUACAUCUUUGGCGGCGAUACCAUUGCGAACAUCUGCUCAAUGCUUGAUAUUUCGAUGGUGGUUCGAGCUCAUGAAGUUGUCAAGGACGGACACCAGUUCCUGUUCGAUAAAAAACUAGUCACAAUGUUCUCGGCUCCGAACUACUGUGGAACCGAUGGAAACGCAGCCUCAGUUAUGAAGGUCUCAGGUGAUUUAGAGAUCUCGUUCAUUACAUUAAAACCUCGCCUCGAUACCAAUCGCCUAAGUGAAGAGAAACGCCUUCUUAUUGAAAAGAUGUUAGCUGACUCUAUGGCCAAGAGUCCGGAUCCAUGUAAGUGUGGACGAUUACUCCACAAACAACCUCUCAUUGAAUUUUAA